AUGAGUAGGAUAGAACUAUCGAGGGCGAAGUCAGCGCCGGUUCCAUUGGGGACUCUGAUUGGUCGUGAGCUUCGAAAUGGAAAAGUUGAAAAACCUUUUGUGAAGUAUGGACAAGCUGGAUUGGCCAAGAAAGGAGAAGAUUACUUUCUGAUCAAGACAGAUUGCCUCAGGGUUCCCGGGGAUGCAUCAACGGCGUUUUCUGUCUUUGCGGUCUUUGAUGGGCAUAACGGUAUAUCAGCUGCUAUUUUUGCGAAGGAAAACUUGCUAAGUAAUGUUUUGAGUGCAAUACCUCAAGAUAUUAGCAGGGAUGCUUGGCUUCAGGCUCUUCCUCGUGCUCUGGUUGUUGGUUUUGUGAAGACUGACAUAGAGUUUCAGCAAAAGGGGGAAACUUCUGGAACAACAGCUACAUUUGUUUUGGUUGAUGGAUGGACUAUCACUGUUGCAUCUGUGGGAGAUUCCCGCUGCAUAUUAGAUACUCAGGGAGGUGUUGUUUCUCUCUUGACAGUUGAUCACAGGCUGGAAGAGAAUGCAGAAGAGAGGGAGCGCGUUACUGCCAGCGGUGGUGAAGUAGGAAGACUCAAUGUAUUUGGAGGCAAUGAGGUUGGGCCUCUUCGCUGCUGGCCAGGUGGAUUGUGCCUAUCUAGAUCUAUAGGUGACACAGACGUGGGAGAAUUUAUUGUGCCAAUACCACAUGUUAAGCAAGUGAAGCUUUCAAAUGCUGGUGGAAGGCUUAUUAUAGCUUCUGAUGGUAUUUGGGAUGCUUUAUCAUCUGAUAUGGCUGCUAAGUCUUGUCGGGGUCUACCUGCAGAGCUUGCUGCAAAACUAGUGGUUAAGGAAGCUCUAAGGUCAAGAGGCCUCAAGGAUGAUACAACUUGCCUUGUUGUAGAUAUUAUUCCUUCGGACCUCCCUGUAUUACCACCAAUUCCAAGAAAGAAACAUAAUAUGCUAACUUCGCUUCUAUUUUUUGGAAAGAAAUCUGAGAACUCUAUGAACAAAGCUACCAAUAAGCUUUCUGCAGUUGGUGUUGUGGAGGAGUUAUUUGAAGAGGGUUCUGCAAUGCUUACAGAAAGGCUAGGUAAGGAUUUCCCGCUUAACAAGAAUUCUGGUAUUUUCCGUUGUGCGGUUUGCCAAAUGGACCAACCCCCUGGUGAUGGUUUAUCAAUGAACUCUGGGCCUUUUUUCUCUCCUGCAUCUAAUCCAUGGGAAGGCCCAUUCCUCUGCACAAACUGUUGGAAGAAGAAGGAUGCCAUGGAAGGAAAAAAGCCUAGCAGACCCACCGUUACAGCAUAAUGAUUAUCUAGUAUUACAGUAGUAGCAUAGUAAAUAUUAGUAUAAUUUUUCCCUGGCAGUGUGAGCAUGCUUGACUUUACAUUUUCGGUGGUUAUUGCCAUAGAUGUGUAAGAAAUGAGGUUGAGAAUUGAGAUAGGGCUAGUAGGUGUUUUGGAGGUUGCUGCAAGUUUGAUUCUGGCUUGUGCUCAGCUGUUGGAAGUUGGACUGACUGACAGAACAAACAAGAAAGUUGUGUCUGGUAGAAAAAAAUUCUAGUGAAAUCUGCUAACGGCUUGUAUUUGUAAGUAAACUGAAGCUUUUGUGGCUGCCUCUGUUUUGAGAGUGCUUCAAUGCUACACAGCCCAAAUGCAUCUGUAUCUUUUAAACUUAUGUUAUACAAAUACAACUACAUGUCUCGAAUGUCUCUGUGAA